AUGCCGAAGCCGAAUGAAGCUGUGUUAGAUGCGAAAAGUAUUGCACAACAUGCGGAAAAGAAAGAUAUCCAAAAACCAGUUGAUCAAUUAAAUCACAACGAUGAGAGUGACAAAUUUCACAACAAUUUCCAUAAGCGUCAAAUCCCACCGGAAUUCAAUCAAUUCCAACAACAGCAACAGUUCGAUCCACAGCAGUAUUUACAACAGCAGCCUUUCAUACCCAGUGGCCAAAGUUCCUUCCCUGACGGACAGCAGUUUUUCAAUCAGUUCCCAAAUCAGGCAGCUCUGGACGAAGAAGCAAGAUUUUUCUUAAGCCAACAGACAACAACGCUGAACCCGUUAUCAUUCGGCAACGAUCCUCCAUCCACGACGUUGGAUCCAGUCCAGCAACAACUCGCCGAACAGCAACGCAGAUUCCAGCAAGAAAUCGCUGACCAAGGUUUACGAGAACAUUUUUCCAGCAAUUCGAUCCACAAGGGCAAGGGCAAGGGCAAGGACAGUUCUUCUACGGCGAUCCAACCGCUUCCAACGUACCAGUCCCACAACUGCCCCAAGAUAACCUUGCUUUCGGAGGUGCUGAUUUCAACCAGCAACAACAAUCCUUCUAUCCAACAUUCAACAGUUAGUCCGUCGCCACUGUCGUUUGGUAAUUCCAUACAGCAUUCCACGCCAAAAGAAGAUCUUACCCAAAUAGGAAACUGGUUGUUUGACAAUCUCGCCAAACAAAUCCAACGAAGUCUCGCCGGAUUCACGAAUGGCGCGGGCGCUUCCAAACGACACCAGCAUUCUACUCCCAGACCAUCGGCCAGGCCAGCGUUCCAUUACUCGACCCCUUCACCGUUCCAGCAAACCACCAAGUCACCGUUUGAUUUCGAUCUCUCGCACUCUACCCAAGCUCCCGAUCAAUUUUCUUCCACCAAAUCCCCCACUAUCCAAUACCAACACCCGUAUUAUUCGCAUACCACCACUAAAUCCCCAUCCAAUUUCGACUUCCAGUACACCACCCAGGCUCCCUUACAAUUACCCAUCUAUCAGACUACACCGGUGUAUCAAUCUACGUCGACCAACGUCAUCGAUACGAGCUCCUCGUAUCCGAACUGGAACAACAUUCGUGGUGUGAAUCUCGCCACUAGCACCCCUAACUACGGCGACGAUUUCGAAUCCAAACGAACCACAAACGUAAUAGACCAGUUCGAGAACUUCGAACCAAAAAGAGUGAAAAACGUGCAAAUCAUACCUUUUUCAACCGAAUUACCAACAACUAAUUACCAAACGAGCGUUAAACCUUUAUACGAUAAUAACAAUAUUUACCAAGCGUACAAACAAGUUUACGAUAUCGAUCAACAAACCAACCAUCAGCCAAUCACGUCGACGCCUUCGUACUUGCAACUCAUCAACAGCCGACCUCCGCCAGACGGUAUGAGCGUCGCGUCUCUAUUUCGAUCCAAACUCAACGAAAUGAAAGAAAACGAAAAAGCAAAUCGACAAGUAAUCCCUCAAAUUAAAAUACUAGAAAGAGGAUACUCCGAAUUCCAACAACACGAUAAAUUCUUCGAUCAACUCCAACAGAACAAUAACACUAAUUACCCUACCAAUUACUCCGAAAGCACCACCGCCUCUUACGAUAAUCCAUCGACAGCUAUUUUUAUCAAAGUUCCGGAAGAGCCACCAACCAGCACGGUUGGUUUCUUAUUUGAUAAAACCAUCACCAAAAAUAUACAAAAAAAAGAAAACUCGCAACAUCCGAAACAUAAAAAUAACAGCAACAGAUCACCUCAAAUUAUUAAAUCAUCUUUAGUAUACAGAACUCCGCCUGGUAAACGAGCUACUGUCAGUAGAUCAGAAAUAUCACGAAGUAAUCAAAUCGAUACCGGCUUGUUGAGUAAUCUAAUAUUAGGAGAUUCUAGUAAAUCGUUGAAAUGGCUGCUGGGUAACAACGUGCCAACCACUACCAGUCGUCCUUUCGUUUCAGCUCUGUUGAAUUUUAUUCAAAAACGAGCAACAGGCGAUAGCGAGGAUGCGUAGGCUAAGCCCUUAAGGCUUUAAUCCAUUUCAUGUGGUCGAGCUGACCUAGUCAUUUGUGUAAUCAAAAUAAAUUUAAUUUACUAUGUAGUUAGAUACCUCUAAUUCUUCUUUUGCGAACUUUUUUCAUUUUUAUUUCUUCUCAUUAUUCGAAUUAGAUAAUUAGAUAUUUUUUAUACGAUACCUAGGGUAUUAGAUACUCAUUUUAAUAAGCUCAUUUAGUUUUAAAAUCAAAUCGAUCUUGAAAAUACCAACAAAAUAUAGCAGGUAGAUAAAAUAAUACUUAUUUCAUUUCAAUUUUUCACCAUUGAGAUGUAUUUUUAUUGUUAGGUAGGUAUUUAAAAUAAGGAAUAAUUAUUUUUAUAGAUUUUUUUUCGUCUUUUUUUUACAAUGAACAUACCUCAUUUCUACAUUUAAUGUGAAUUCAAUCAAAAUAUUUAAUUAAAAAACUAAUUUUUACUUCGAA